AUGAAUGCUCGUGGACCAAAAAAGCAUUUGAAGAGAUUAGCUGCCCCAGCUCACUGGAUGUUGGACAAGUUGGCCGGCAAAUACGCCCCAAGACCAAGACCAGGUCCACACAAACUCCGUGAGUGUCUCCCACUCAUCAUCCUCAUCAGAAACAGAUUGAAGUACGCUUUGACCGCCCAAGAAUGUACUAUGGUUUUGAUGCAACGUUUAGUCAAGAUCAACGGUGUCGUUAGAACCGAUCCAAAGUUCCCAGUUGGUUUCAUGGACGUCAUCACCAUUGACAAGACCAAGGAGAACUUCCGUCUCCUCUACGAUACCAAGGGUCACUUCCAACUCCAACGUAUCCAACCAUCCGAGGCCAAGUUCAUCCUCACCCGUGUCACCAAGGUCGAAACCGGCAUCCACGGUAUCCCAUACUUACACACUGAAGAUGGUCACACUCACCGUUACCCAGACCCAGAAAUCCACCGUCACGACACUGUCAAGGUUGACCUCGAAACUGGCAAGAUUGCUGCUCACAUCCCACUCGCCACCCACAACCUUUGCAUGAUCAUCGGUGGUCACAACACCGGUCGUGUUGGUAUCAUCAACAACAUUGAAAAGCACCCAGGUUCCUUCGAUGUUGCUUACAUUACCGACUCUGUUGGUCACUCGUUUGCCACCCGUCUCUCCAACGUCUUCAUCAUCGGUCAAGGUCAAACCACCUUUGUCUCAUUGCCAGCUGGUAAGGGUGUCCGUCGUUCUGCCGUCGACGAACGUAAUGACGCUCUCCGUAAGAGAGGUGAAAAGAUUGAUGCUUAA